AAAAACUAACACCUUUCUUAGUUACUUUGUCUUGUACCUUUCGUGUUUUGUGUUGAUGGAAGUUGGUCUAGGACAAAACCCGACAAGUGAAAUUAAAGUAGGAGUAGUUCUUGAUCUCAAAACAACAUUUUCCAAGAUCUGCCUCACCUCUAUCAAUAUGUCGUUGUCCGAUUUCUAUGAAGAUCAUCCUAAUUACCGUACAAGACUUGCGCUUCACGUCAGAGAUUCCAUGGAAGAUGUUGUCCAGGCUUCAGCUGCAGCCUUGGACCUAAUCAAGAACGAGCAAGUGAGUGCCAUCAUAGGACCACGAAGCUCUACGCAAGCCGAAUUUAUGAUAAGAAUGGCCAACAAAUCUCACGUCCCGAUCAUCACAUUUUCCGCAACAAGCCCUCUUUUAACAUCCAUCAAGAGCCCUUACUUCGUCCGAGCCACUCUCGACGACUCGUACCAGGUCAAAGCCAUUGCGGCCGUUGUUAACUCCUUUGGGUGGAGAAGCGUCGUGGCCAUUUAUGUGGAGAACGAGUUAGGUGAAGGAAUCAUGCGUUCCUUGUCAGACGCUUUACAAGACGUGGACGUCCAAAGAAGUGUGAUCUCUCCGGAGGCUAACGAUGAUCAGAUUCUAAAGGAACUUUAUAAGCUCAAGACAAAGCAGACAAGGGUGUUUGUUAUCCACAUGGCCUCAAGACUCGGCUUCCGGGUUUUGGAGAAGGCAAGGGAGAUCGGGAUGGUGGAGGAAGGGUAUGUCUGGUUACUAUCAAAUGGAAUGACGAAUAUGAUUAGACAUAAUGGUCGUAGCUUAGAGACCAUGCAAGGCUUGCUAGGUGUGAGAAAUCAUGUCCCUGAAUCAAAAGAGCUUGAAGAUUUUCGUUUGAGAUGGAAAAGAAAGUUCCAGAAGGAGAAUCCAUUGAUGAGGGAUGAUGUUGAGCUGAAUGUUUUCGCGUUAUGGGCUUAUGAUUCGAUCACUGCAUUAGCCAUGGCCGUGGAGAAAACCAACACAAAGAACUUUCGGUAUGAUAACUUUAGCGCUUCCUCAAAUAACAUGACAGAUCUUGGAACCUUAGGUGUCUCUCGCUAUGGUCAAAGUCUUCUGGACGCUCUCUCCGUUGUAGAAUUCAAAGGAUUGGCAGGAGAGUUUAAGCUCCUUAACAAGCAGCUCGAGUCAUCAUCUUUUGAGAUCAUCAAUGUUGUUGGAAAAGAGGAGAAGGUAAUCGGAACUUGGACAACGAGAGACGGACUUAUGAAUGCAAAUUCGAACAAAAAGGAAAUGUUGGGGCCAGUGAUAUGGCCCGGGAGUUCCUAUGCUGUUCCAAUAGGUUGGGAGAUUCCAACGGACGGUAAGAAGAUUAAAGUAGGCGUUCCAGUAAAGAGAGGCUUCUACAAUUUUGUGGAGGUGAAGACAGAUCCGAUCACUAACGUAACAACCGCAAAGGGUUACGCCAUAGACAUCUUUGAAACUGUUCUUAAAAAGUUGCCAUACUCAGUCACUCCUCAUUACUACCGUUACGAUUCUUCAGAUGAUGACUACAAUGAAUUGGUCUACCUAGUCCAUAACGGGACGUUGGAUGCAGUUGUUGGAGAUAUAACCAUCACAGCACACAGGUCACGGUUUGUUGAUUUCACGUUACCUUACACAGAGUCUGGAGUAUCCAUGUUGGUGCCGCUCAGGGACAACGAAAACAAGAACACAUGGGUGUUCCUCAAACCUUGGAGCUUAGACCUAUGGAUCACCACUGGUUGCUUUUUUGUCCUCAUCGGUUUUGUUGUGUGGCUGUUCGAACAUAGAGUCAACUCCGACUUUCGUGGACCGCCUCACCACCAGAUUGGCACUAGUUUCUGGUUCUCCUUCUCUACUAUGGUUUUCGCUCACCGCGAGAAGGUGGUGAGCAACUUAUCAAGGUUUGUUGUGAUUGUCUGGUGUUUUGUGAUGCUUGUGCUCACUCAGAGUUACACAGCGAAUCUCACCUCUUUCCUAACGGUGCAACGUUUAGAACCUAGAGCGACAAGUGUGCAAAAUCUCCUCAGAAAUGGGGAGUCUGUAGGGUUCCAACAUGGCGCUUUUGUUAAAGAUACUCUAAAAGGUCUAGGCUUCCCUGAAUCAAAGCUCAAGGCUUUUGGUUCUGCUGAAGAAUGUGACGAGCUUUUGUCCAACGGGACAAUAGCAGCGGCUUUCGACGAAGUGGCCUACCUUAAGGCUAUCCUUUCUCUGUACUGCUCCAAAUAUGCAAUGGUUGAACCUUCCUUCAAGACUGCUGGUUUUGGGUUUGCAUUCCCCAAGAACUCGCCUAUGACAGGAGAUGUAUCAAGGGCUAUCUUGAAUUUGACUCAAAGUGACGAAAUGGUAGGCAUCGAGAAAAGAUGGUUCAACAGUCACAGCCUCCCUAGUGAAUGUCCUGAUCCAAAGACUGCUCUUUCAUCUAACCGUCUCAGCCUAAGUAGCUUCUGGGGUCUAUUUCUAAUAGCAGGCAUUGCUUCAUUCUUGGCAUUUCUCAUCUUUGUAGCCCAUUUCUUGUACGACAAUAGGCACACCCUAUGUGAUAGUUCCGAAGGUUCCUUGUGGGGAAAGCUAAAGUCUUUGUUCAGAACCUUUGAUGAGAAAGACGUAAAGUCUCAUACUUUCAAGAACAGUGCCGUUCAUAAUGUGGGUUCACGUGUUACUUCGUGUACUCCGAGCCCUUCGACUCUUCAGAUGAGACCAUGGCCACGGAGUAUGUCAUUAAACAGGGAGUUUGAGCUACAACGAGCCUCUUUUUUCAUGAGCGAAGAACGUCUCACAACGCAACCGAAACAUAAUAAAGAUGGAGAAUCUGAUAUUGAAUCUGGAGCUGGACGAUAGAUAGACUAGGUAGAUAAUAUAAUCUAGGUUCUCGUCUGCUGUAUGUAUAAGUUCUUAACCUUUUUUUUGUUUUUAA